AUGCAUCUCUCACACCAGCCAAUCCUAUUCUCUUUGUUUCCAUGGGCCCUCGCGCAGUAUGGUGGAGGAUCCCCGAGUAGUUCCAGGACAACCUCGACAGAGUCCGCAACCACGACAACCUCCUCCGCCCACGGAGUGCAAACAGUAACGGUUGGAAAGGAUAAUGCACUUGCAUUCUCACCAGACUCUAUCACUGCAGCCGUUGGAUCCAGCAUUGAAUUUGUGUUCUAUCCGCCCGUUCAUUCCGUCACCCAGUCCUCCUUCGAUUCCCCAUGCGCGCCCUUGGCGAAUGGAACAGGAUUCUGGAGUGGCGCAAUUACUACCACAGGCGAUAAAACUAACACCAAUGUUUUUACUCUCACCAUCAAUGAUACGAAUCCGAUUUGGUUCUAUUGUGCAACUCCAAGUCACUGUGAGACUGGAAUGGCCGGGGUAAUUAAUCCUCCAUCAGGUGGUUCAGAAACGCUCGAUCAAUACAAGGCUGCUGCUUCCAAAGUUUCAAACCCCGCCGCCCCGUCAGUCGUUCAAGGUGGCAGUAUAGGGCCGUCCCAAGCUGCAAGCACUAGCUCAUCAGCCUCUCACUCAGCAACCUCCUCAGCAGCCACUACGACCCCGACAAAGAGUGCUAGUGUAAGGGGCCUUGACACUGGAGGUUUUGGCUUUUGUCAGUGGGCUCCUGUGGCACUGGCUUGUCUAAUGGCUGUGGGAGUUGGAAGUUUGAUCAUUUGA